AUGAAAACAGCUAGCAGAGCUUCAGCAUCUUGCUGCAGUUCCUCGGUUGUCCAGAUGAGGCGCUACAGGACGGGGAUGUACCCUUUCCUCUUUCCGUCCGUAAUCAGCUCGCUGCCCUUGCCCUCGCCCACUGAGAGGCUCAACCCCCCGAGCAGUGCAGGAACGCCUUCCCCUGUGGCCAUCGAGACGCAGAGCAGCAGUUCAGAGGAGCUGGUCCCCAGCCCGCCCUCACCCCUGCCCCCUCCCCGUGUCUACAAGCCCUGCUUCGUGUGCCAGGACAAGUCCUCGGGGUACCACUAUGGUGUCAGUGCCUGUGAGGGCUGCAAGGGGUUCUUCCGUAGAAGCAUCCAGAAGAACAUGGUGUACACGUGUCACAGGGACAAGAACUGCAUCAUCAACAAGGUGACGAGGAACCGCUGUCAGUACUGUCGGCUACAGAAGUGCUUCGGAGUCGGAAUGUCCAAAGAGUCCGUGCGGAACGACAGGAACAAGAAGAAGAAGGAGAGCCCGAAGCCAGAGCUGACAGAGAGCUACGAGCUCUCGGCCGAGCUGGAGGCCAUCAUCGAGAAGAUCCGGAAAGCCCACCAGGAGACGUUCCCCUCUCUCUGCCAGCUGGGCAAGUACACCACGAACUCGAGUGCUGACCACCGCGUGCGUCUGGACCUGGGGCUGUGGGACAAGUUCAGUGAGCUGGCCACCAAGUGCAUUAUCAAAAUCGUGGAGUUUGCCAAACGAGUGCCUGGCUUCACUGGACUGACCAUCGCUGACCAGAUCACUCUGCUGAAAGCUGCCUGUCUGGACAUACUGAUCCUGCGUAUCUGCACGCGUUACACGCCGGACCAGGACACUAUGACCUUCUCGGACGGGCUGACUCUGAACCGGACGCAGAUGCACAACGCCGGAUUCGGGCCGCUCACAGACCUGGUGUUCACCUUCGCCAACCAGCUCCUGCCCAUCGAGAUGGACGACACGGAGACAGGCCUGCUCUCCGCCAUCUGCCUCAUCUCCGGAGACCGUCAGGACCUGGAGGAGCCCUCGAAGGUGGACAAGCUGCAGGAGCCUCUUCUGGAAGCGCUGAAGAUCUACGUGAGGAAGCGCAGGCCCAGCAAGCCCCACAUGUUCCCCAAGACCCUCAUGAAGAUCACAGACCUCCGCAGCAUCAGCGCCAAAGGUGCCGAGCGUGUCAUCUCUCUGAAGAUGGAGAUUCCUGGCUCCAUGCCGCCCCUCAUUCAGGAGAUGCUGGAGAAUUCGGAAGGUCAGGACGGACAGAGCUCCGCGGAGGGGAACAGUCCGGACAAAAACUCGGCCGAUCCGAAACGGGCCGCCGCUGCCUCGCCUGAGCCGGAGCCGUCGGACGGCGGUGCGGCCGCCUCGUCGUCCGGCGAGGAGCCCUGAAACCACAGCACCUAAAACCUCAAAUC